AUGUUCUUCCUGAUCCUCGGAUCAACAGCUUCCAUAGCCUCCGCUCUAGCUCUAUCACUACUCUUUUUCCCAUCCCACACCUCAAACCUCCUCCACGCAACCACCUCCCCAACCGCCAAACUCUCCUUCACCCCCACCCGCCUCACCCCCCUCGACACCGCCACCCUCAUUCUCCUCGUCCUCCUUAAAUACCUCCUCAAACUCAUCGGCCUCCACCCCCCCUUCCACCCGUCCAAACCAGGAAAUAGGGACAUCGCACUCCCGCCCCUGAUCCUCUCAGCACCCUUCCAAUUAAACGCUUCCGACCUCCAGAAAUUCACCAAAGCUGUCCAGAGUACCCAUCCCGACGACGCAACAAGCUCGCCGCUCCUGCUCGCCGCCGCCACAGCCCCCCUCCUCCUCGUCCUCCUCGCCCACCGCGCUAACCCCGUCCUCCCCUUCGGCGCCGUCAACACGGGCAACCGCUUCGAGUUCCGCGAACCCGCCGCCUGCCGCGCCGUGCGCGCACUCCGCGCCGCGCAAGUCACGGCGCGGGUGGGCGGGGACGAGCUCCCUGGCAGGCGGGUCAAGCGCGGGGUGGAGUUUGCUGUUGUUGUUGAAGUCACAUCACACAGCCAAAUUGUUUUCAGGCAGGUCAUUAGUAUCUUAGCGCUCCUGCCGAAAGCGGCUCUCCCGCUUCGUGAAACACCCCAGCGAUCCCUUCACCUGGAAUCCGCGACAUUAUCUUCCUCGUCCGCCCCUCCUCCCGCAUCGGAGAUGCUAGGCAAGACAUGGAUGGGCGAGUUGGAGCUGGCGUAUGGUGCGCCUACGGCGUGGGCUGCGGUGUGCAAGGACGUGAAUCCUAUACAUGUGUCGGCGCUGGCGGCGACGGUGUUUGGGUUUCCGGGGAGGGUGGCGCAUGGGAAUCUUGUUGUUGCGAGGGUUGUGGAGAUGAUGCGGGAGGAGGGGAGGGGAGGCGUCGUCUGGCAAAUGGAGAAGUCGUGGUGGAUGGAGGUGGCGUUUCGAAGACCAGUGGUGCUGCCGGUUGUGUUGGGGGUGAGGCUUCAAGGAGGUGAGGGGGAGGGGGCGUUUGAGGUGCUGAAUGGGAAGAAGGCUUGUGUGGUGGGGAGGUAUGGGGUGCUGUGAGCGGACUGCUUGGGAGUCUGUACGUUGACGGGACGCUGUCUAUGGUGGGCUGGCUAGCUAGCAGAUUAGUCAAAAUGAUAGGCGGUAAGAGGUUGUGAAAGUUCGUUGAAGGACUCCAGACAAUGGUAGAUGAGCGUACACACUUCUUUAACUCUUAAAGGCACAUAGAUGGCCUAGAGUGUCUUCAUGGGUUUUUAACAAUCCGAAAGAGAUUCAAAUUUAUCAUUUUUGGCAAGAGGUCAACUCGCUAGACCCACCCCUAAUCUAAG